UGACAGCCCGGUGCCUCACCUGGUGACUGGCGCCGUGGCGUCCGUGCAGCAGCACCAAGCUACUCAGCACUUUGUUCAGCAUUCAGCAGUCAGCACUCUCAGCAUACGUCCCUCUGCCUCCUCGCGCCCUCUCAGUAUUGAGCUAUCUGAGGGAUGACGACAUACACCGAGGAAUACAUCAGGAACAAGCUCACUGCAGACCUUGAGGCAACCCAUGUGGCUGAGUUGGAGCAUUGAGGGGGGUGAGAGACCAGAAACAGCAGCCACAACCAUCCCAACACAGCACCAUGCCCUUGUCUGCCUUCCUGGCCCUCUAGUGACUGCCCUGUCCACCUAGCAUGACCCCUGCCUAGCACCGGAACAGACUAGUGCUUUGUUUUGUUGUGUUGCAGUUGUGUGUGUUUGUAUGGUGGUUUGUGUGUGUAAGGAUGUCCUAAGCUGAAGUGGUCUGAGGGAUGAGGAGAUAAGGAUUUGUCACUUUCCUGUCUCUGUAGGAUGUAAUCUGUACAAAAGACGUGUGUUUUGUAUGUGCGAAGGAUAAAUAUUUUUCUAUAGUGAUUGUCUUUUGAUAAAACAAUAACACACACACACAGUAUUUUCAGUCUUGAAUUCAUAGCAUUGUGCGGUGAAAAGUUUCCUCAUCUCAGUGUCAUCUGUGAGGAAGCUUGCCUUGCGAGGAAAGUAGAGCAAGAAACAAUACCUUACAACUGAUAAGAUAGGGGAAACACUUGAGUGGAUACGAAAAAAGUUGCUGAGAACUUAUGUUUGUGUUGCUAGGAAGAAGAGGAUGAGAGUGAAAGCUUCAGGAGACUGAGUGACGCUGAAGGCUGCUAACAAAACUCAUGAGAAGUGUGUGUUGGGAAGGAGAGGACCAGCACACAAAGUGUGCUGAGAUUACCAGCAACACUAGAAACUUCCAGCUGUCCAUCAAAUUCUAAAGUAGUGUGUGUCAGGAAGCAGAGACAAAUGAAGGAAUGUAAGUGUGUUCUGACAUCACCAGCAAACUAGAAACUGAAGGCUGUCUGUCAAGGAAGUUUGUUAUAGUGUGUAUCAGGAAACAGGACAUUGAGAGACCUCACCAACAUAUGAAGCUGAAGGUUAUCCAUCAGAGCAUACUGUUAAGUGUGUGUGUGUGGAAACUGUAGGUGUCUUCUGGGAACCAUCAUAAGGACGUGAAAUCAACACCAUCAGGAUGCUGAACAAGGUGUCCAACACUGCCAUGGUGUCCCUGGUGGCCAUCCUAGUGCGGUGGUGUGUGUCCCUGCACCCAUACUCAGGCCAGGGCAAGCCCCCCAUGUACGGCGACUAUGAGGCACAGCGGCACUGGCAGGAGGUGACGGUGAACCUGCCCCUGGCAGAGUGGUACGCCAACACCACAGACAAUGACCUGCAGUACUGGGGCCUGGACUACCCGCCCCUCACUGCCUACCACAGCUACCUGUGUGGCAUGGCGGCACGCAGGCUGAAUCCAAGCUUUGUGGCGCUGCACGAGUCACGUGGCUAUGAGAGCAAUGCACACAAGCUGUUCAUGAGGUACACUGUCUUGGUGGCUGACCUGCUGCUGUACUUCCCUGCUGCCUACUGCAUGAUGCGGGUGCUGGCCAGGUGGCGUGCCGGCCGGCAGGAGUUUGUGUGUCUGCUGCUAUACCCUGGCCUGUACCUGGUGGACCAUGGACACUUCCAGUACAACGCCGUGUCCCUCGGCCUCUUCGUCCUGGCUGUGGCGGCGUUGUCUUCAAACAGGGACUGUCUGGGGACUGUGCUUUUCUGCCUGGCACUGAACUACAAGCAGAUGGAGCUGUACCAUGCCCUGCCAUUCUUCUUCUACCUGCUGGGGGUGUGCUUCAGGCAGGGUGGCAUCCUGGGGUUCCUGUGGAAGCUGAUCAAGCUUGGGUUCUGUGUGGUGAUGACCUUCACGGUGGUAUGGCUGCCCUUCGCCUCCAAUGCUGAUGUGCUGGCCCAGGCUGUGCACCGCCUCUUCCCCUUUGAGCGCGGCCUGUUUGAGGACAAGGUGGCCAGUGUGUGGUGCAGCCUGUCCGUGGUGGUGAAGGUCAAGACGCUGGUGGACAACAGGAACAUGGCCCUCAUCUGCCUGCUGUCCACUGUGGUCUGCAUGCUGCCCUCUUCGUUGCAUUUGUUUGCCCGUCCCACUCCCAGACACUUCCGCUACGCCCUCCUCAAUGCCUCCCUCGUGUUCUUCCUCCUCAGCUACCACGUCCACGAGAAGACCAUCCUGCUGGCCGCCAUCCCUGCCUGCUUGCUGGUAUCCGAAGAGCCCUUCAUGGCUGCCUGGUUCCUCACUGUCUCCACAGCCAGUCUCCUUCCUCUCAUGAUCAAGGAUGGCCUCAUGGUUCCCCUCCUGGGUCUCACUGUUGCAUUUGUGGCGCUCACUCACCACUAUCUCCUGCCAGGGACACACAAGGUGGCUAGGAAGACGGCUCUGUGGGUAUGGAUGAGGAGGACUUAUUAUCUAUCCUUAGCUGGCCUUGUAUUCCUUGGAGGUGCAGCUAUACUAGUGCCACCUCCUCCCAAACUGCCAGACCUCUUCCCUGUCCUGCUUGCGAUCUACUGCUGUGGCCACUUCAUUUUCUUCUGCCUAUACUUCCACUACUGCCAGUUUACCAUCAAGUACAAUGCUGCCUCAAGCAACAACAACACCCACACUGCCAGCACCAGCAAUAAUAAGCAGAUCCAGCGCAAGGUUAAAGCCAACUAAGGUCAAGAGGAUGAAUAAUGACUGUUGUUCCUGUCUGACCCAAUCAUGGGGUUGUGUUUGGAAGCAUUCAGUCUCUUUUCUUGGCUACUUUUAACAGGUUCUUGUGGAAGUUAUUAGGGUUUUCAAGGGUGUUUUCAUGUUGUUGGAUAUACUUUAACAGGCUCUACUGAAGUUAUUGGGGUUUUAAAAGGUGUUUUCAUGAUUCUAGUGAUAAUUUAACAGGCUCUUCAGGAAGGUAUUGGAUUUUUCUUGAUUCCAGCAAUAGUUUAGCAGGCUGUAUUAGAGAAUAUUUGAGUUUUCAUGAUUUUUUAGUGAUAGUUUAACAAACUCCAGUGCAAGUUAUUGAUAUUUUUAAAGAGUGUGUACAGGAAUUUAGGGAUAGUUUAAAAGAAAUAUGUACUGUUAAUGAAAAAAAAAAACAGGAAAAACCUAAAACAUCUCUGUAACCUUUAAAAAUAGUCCUGGUGGGAGACUGGAGUACUUGAACAUGCAGGCCUUGAAGGCAGUAGAGUGUGAGAUGUGGGGGUCUGCACUUGAGAGAUAAACACUUGGAGAUAAGAUACUGAGAGGAGAGGACCAAGGAUAAUACAUCAACCAUCUCCUUUCUCUCUCUCUCUCUCUCUCUCUCUCUCUCUACAAAAUACAGUAAAGCUAAACUAUGCCAUCUGUUUUGGUUUAUUCAUUCAUGUUGUUUAGUGUUUUCUUGCUGUGGUUUGCUGUGUAUAAAGAAAAUGGGUAGAUUUUUGUAUUGUUUUGAAGAUGAUAAUGAUUUUUUUAAGAGAUUGGGAUGUAGUUAGGUUAUUAACACUCUCUCUCUCUCUCUCUCUCUCUCUCUCUCUCUCUCUCUCUCUCUCUCUCUCUCUCUCUCUCUCUCUCUCUCUCUCUCUCUCUCUCUCUCUCUCUCUCUCUCUCUCUCUCUCUCUCUCUCUCUCUCUCUCUCUCCCCUCUAAAUUAUCUCCACUUUUGUUUAUUUUUUCUUGUCCUUCCCUCCAACUGUAAUCCCUCCUUCCAUUCCUCCCUCAUUCUCUCUCUUUCACCUUCCUUCCUUUCCUCUUUUCCUCCCUUUUGUCUCACGUUCCUUCCUUUUCCUCUCACCUGUUUUUUUUUCUCUUGUUCCUCCUUCCUCUCAUUUUAAUUUUCAUUUUUGUGUCAAGGCAGGAACAGAGAUUUGGUGCAUGAGAAAGGAGGAGAAUAUGGAAGACUGGGUGUUGGGAAAGAUUAAUAGUUUAUAAGGAAUAUCACUGAAGUUUUGAUACAUAUUUUUUGCUCAUUCCAGUUGUAGUUUUUGUAUUGUGUUAAUGAAGGCUUGGCAAAGGGUGAAGGUGGCUGUUAUAAGUUUGGUUGUAAUGUUGUUGUAUUUUAAGUGAAUAUUAUUGGUUUUACCUUAAUAUUACAGCUGUGAAUGGAAUCUUAACUUUGUAUUAGUAUUAUUUAGCUGAAUAUUACUUAAUCUGGGUUAUACAUUGCAGUUGUGAAUAGAAUCUAAACUUUGUAUAAGUAUUAUUUAGGUGAGGAUUACUUUUGUUCUUCAUAUAUUACAGCUGAAUGGAAUCUUAACUUGUAUAAUUUAGCUGAAUACUACAUUUUUGUUUCUUACUUUUGGUGUUAAUUAGGUGAAUAAUGCCGCUUUGGUCUAAUACUGAAGGUAUGAAUGGGUCCUUAAGUUAUAUUAGUGUUAUUUAGGUUAAUAUUACUUUGUUUGAAUACUGCAGCUGUGAAUGGGACCAUAACUUUACAUUAUUUAGAUGAAUAUUAUUGGCUUGGCUCUUAAGAUUACAACUCUGAGGGGGAGCUUUACUUUGUGUUGGUGUUGAUGGUCAUGUGAAGGCUGAGCAGCUACUGCUUGUGUGGGUCAAGUCUCAAGUCUUGGCACAUUCAUAAACAAGCUGCCAAUUAUUGUUUUUGAGAUUUUUUGAUUUUUGUUUUUGGUUCAGAUCAGUUCAUUACACACUGUUGCUUUUCCUGUGUGUGUGUGUGUGUGUGUGUGUGUGUGUGUGUGUGUGUGUGUGUGUGUGUGUGUGUGUGUGUGUGUGUGUGUGUGUUUGUAAAAUUUACCGUGAUUUUUCUAGGUUUAUGUAUGAAAAUUUGAGAUAAAACAGUUUUUUUCUCUCUCUCUCUCUCUCUCUCUCUCUCUCUCUCUCUCUCUCUCUCUCUCUCUCUCUCUCUCUCUCUCUCUCUCUCUCUCUCUCUCUCUCUCUCUCUCUCUCUCUCUCUCUCUCUCUCUCUCUCUCUCUCUCUCUCUCUCUCUCAAGAUUAGGUGAAAGGACAAAGUGCAGACAUGGAUUAGUAAAAGUUUAGUUUAGUUCAAUAUUCCAGGCAUGAAUGUGAUCUUGACCUACAGUUGUGUGGGUUGACUGGUCCUUUGUGCCCUCACUCAUCAUUCCUUGUGUUGUGGCCCGUAUGUAUGUGUAGUGAUGCAAAUGUGAAGCAUACUUAGAUACACAUUAAAUUAGUUCAGGAUCAUUAAGUCUGUCUCAUUUCCACUUUAGAUAAAAGUGUGUUUUGGUGCAAAUGUGAAACAAAAAAACAUUCUUAAGUUUGAGGUUAUCAUAGAUUGUCAAGCCUUUUUUUUUCUGCUCUUACUUAAAUGUGUGUAUUAUUGCAAAUCAGAACAUUCUUAGAUUGAGCGUAUCUAAGAUUGUUGUCAUUUUUUUUAUUAUUGAUUUAUUUUUUUUACUGUACUGAAGUGUUUAUGUUGGUGCAUAUCUGAAAACAUUAGAUAUACAUAAAGUUUUAUCCAAGAUUAAAUCAGUUUUCAUUUCUGCUUUAGCUGAGUUUGUAUUGUUGGUACAAAUCUGAAGACAUUCUUUGACACAUCUUCAGUUUAUUCAAGAUUGUUCAGUCAGUUUUGGUUCAUCCCUACUUUAAUUUGAUUUGUGUUUGUGGUGCAAAUAAAAAAAAAACAUUCCUUGAUGCAUAUUCAUCUCAUUCAAGAUUGUUAAUAUGUAAUGUGUAAGGGAGGACUUCAAUGUUGUUGUGUUAAUUUUGAUGCACAUUUGAAGUAGAUGGUGAUGCAGAUGAUGUUAUGACUCUCUCUCUCUCUCUCUCUCUCUCUCUCUCUCUCUCUCUCUCUCUCUCUCUCUCUCUCUCUCUCUCUCUCUCUCUCUCUCUCUC